CCUUCAAGCUCGAACUACAUUUCCCAGAGAGCAGCGGUCACGGCGGAUCUUUGGCUUCCCUUCCAUUUUCGCGCUGUUCUCGCGCUGCGCACGUUUUGGAUACUCUAUUUUUCUCCAGUAGAGAAACCCCAAGGAGGACUUUUUUCAUCAGUUUUUUCAUCAGUUCUUGCAGCUGUCAAACUGUGACAUAGUCUCUGGAUUUUCUGGAAUUUGAAUAUUUUUCAAUGGAGGAACACCAAGGAGCACUGAUCAGGUCUGACAUUUCUAAAACCAUGACCUGUUUUCAGGAAUUAGUGACAUUCAGGGAUGUGGCCAUAGACUUCUCUCGGCAGGAGUGGGAGUACCUGGACCCUAUUCAGAGGGACUUGUACAGGGAUGUGAUGUUGGAGAACUAUAGAAACUUGGUCUCAUUGGCAGGACAUUCUGUUUCUAAGCCUGAUGUGGUUGACUUAUUGGAGCAAGGAAAAGAGCCCUGUAUGAUUUUGAGGGAAGAAACACAAAGACAGUACACAGGUUAUUAAUAUAAAAAGGCUGUUUCAUGAUGUCAUUUUACUGCAUUUGUGAGAUGUGGAUGGCCCAUAAGCAAUGUCCCUGUUAGUUGGCAUUCCUGCAUUGGAUAUUGUUGCCAUCUCCUUUUCCUUUAUUAGUUUUGAGAGAAUCACAUUAGUAACAUUGCUUUAAAAUAAAAUGUGGUAUUAUGGAUUUUC